AAUCAGAGCGGACUGCGAGGAACAGCUGAUUACAGAAACAUGAGUUGAGGCUCGAGACUUUAGUUCCGAGUCGAAGAUCUGACCAGGAGUUAGCAGUAGGCGGAGAGGUUGGGCCGCUAGCCAAGAGCAACUUUAGUGCCCUAAAGGAUACGGACGCGCCAGUUAAGUUCCUGGGGUCCGAUGCUUUAGCUACGCCGUGCAAAUCCGCGCAUGUAGUUAUGCGGCAUAGUGCUAAGGUCGGGUCACCACGGAUUCGCCAUGGCGACCCCGGUUACCAGCUUCCAAACGCCUGAGUCUACCUAGCUGCAACGAAGCGGUGCUAGUAAUCACAUUGUCGCGCAACCUAGGACUCGGAGCGUUUCCACUCGUUGGUUGAAGAGUAAAACCUUUUCGCGCUUUUCCUUCGUCUCUCUCGAAUUAUAACGCUUAAUACCUUGAUGGGUGCGAGUGCGACAAAAGAGGCAGUCACAGCGCGCGCAGCACCGUGUGCCCCGCGCAGUUGUCACAGCCAUAGGCGCUCGCUCGCCGAAUCAGCAAGCCGUGACGAUCCCAGUGGUAGACCGCGAUACGACUCUGAUGAUGACACGUGUCGCGCUGCCCACCGACGGAUCGGCUCCGCCCAAGCCGGCGGAAGUGGCGGAAGUGGUACCAACAGCCCGACGCGGAAUGACGGCGGGGGCCCUCGGCUGCGCGACGUGGGGCGGGACGCAAUGGUGUGGCGCGACGAUUCGUGCCUCGUUGACCCUUCCCUGACGUGCUUCGGCGGAGCCUGGACGGGUGCAUUCUCCCGCCGUUCCUCGCCCUACAGCAGCCGGCGCGGCGGGCGGCAAGGCGAUUCGUUCGUCGGCCCGACGGGCGUGGGCGGAACGAUGGGCGAGGGGGGCCUUGGGGUUGGCGCAAUCAGCCAGCUGAAGGGCGCGCUUCGCGGGGGAAGCAGCCGAUGCGAGGGAUGCGAUCUCUCCGCUCUCCAUGUCGCGGAGGCGACUGCUGCGAGAUUGCGGUCGGCGGGAGCAACGAUGGGCGGAGCGAUGGGCGGAACGAUCAGCGGCACGAUCGGCGCUAGGAGGAGUAUAGACGAUGGUCAGGGGAAUGCGGGGGCGAGUGGGCGGAGCGUUGGCUCGAGCAGCCGCGCAAGCAGCGGCAGAAGCAGCGGGAGAGGAAGUGGCAGUGGGGGAAGCAGUGGGGGAAGCAGCGGCAGCACCAGCGCGCUGGACACGCCUGUCAUACUGACUCGCUCCGCCUCCUCCCCAUCGCUCACCACCUGCUCCUUCCCAAAUUCCUCCCCCUCUCCCCUCCCCCUCAUGUCCGCCGCCUCACCUCUCCGCUCCCCCUCGCCGUUGGCCUCUCCUCGCUCCCCAUCCCCAUGCGCGCGUUCCACCCGCCCUUAUUCCGCCUGCGCGCAUUCAGCACGAGCCCCAACUCCUUCGGAAGAAUCCCCUUCGCCCUCCCCGCCGUCCCCCGCAGGCGCGCAUCCGUCGUGUCUCGGCGCCUACCGCCUGCUGCCGAGGGCUCGCGCGCGCAUUAAGAUCGCGACAAGAUCUGCCGCCAUACGGGGAAGCGGGGGGAGGGGGGAGACUCUCCCUGGGGGGCAGGCGGGAAGGAUUGGACGCGAUUUGGGGGAUGAGGGGUCAGGCGGAGCGGGCGGAGGGGAGGAGAGGCUAGGCGGAAUUCUGUGUGCAACGGAGGGCUGCUUAUUUGCGGAAAGGCAGUUGUGGGCGGCGAGUGGGCGGAGCACUGAAGGUGUGGGCGACGGAGAAGUGGGCAGGAGAGGGGGAGGCGGGAGAAGUCAUUGGGACGGAGAGAGAGACAAGUGGUUGGCCAGGCGAGUCGUGGGAGGGAGUGUGCGAUUCAUGGGCGACCAUGUGCGAUCGCUGGGCAACAGCUGGGCAGGCGGUCGCUGGGGUGGAGAUGAGGUGAAAGCGAGCAGCCAAGAAAGGGUGCAUCAGGUGCGGCGACCAACCAUUCCGUGCAUUCCGGGUUAUUCGCCUCAUACUGCGUUCAGAUGCCACGCUUCUGGUAGUAAUAGUAGCACUGGUGCUGGUGCUGGUGCUGGUGCUGGUGCUGGUGCUGAUGCUGGUGCUGGUGUGGCUGGUGUUCUCCCUAGCGGCAAGCCACCUUCAUGCCCACCGAUUGUUGUUGACAGGACGGCCAUGAAUACCAGCAGAACCAGCAGCAGCAGCAGCACUCUUGCCCUCCCAUUGUCCAACGCAACCACUAGCCCUACCCGCACUAGACUCAGCAGCAGCAGUGGUAGCAGUGGCAACGGCAGGGCAGCCGUGACACACUCCAGACCACCACGCAUCCCAGAGCUCUCGGCAGUAGCAGCAGUAGUAGCAGCAGCAGCAGCAGCAGCAGCAGGAGCUGGAGAAGGUGGAGGAGGAGGAGGAGGAGGAGGAGGAGGAGGAGGAGGAGGAGGAGGAGGAGGAGGAGGAGGAGGAGGAGGAGGAGGAGGAGGAGGAGGAGGAGGAGGAGGAGGAGGAGGAGGAGGAGGAGGAGGAGGAGGAGGAGGAGGAGGAGGAGGGAGGAGGAGGAGGAGGAGGAGGAGGAGGAGGAGGAGGAGGAGGAGGAGGAGGAGGAGGAGGAGGAGGAGGAGGAGGAGGAGGAGGAGGAGGAGGAGGAGGAGGAGGAGGAGGAGGAGGGAGGAGGAGGAGGAGGAGGAGGAGGAGGAGGAGGAGGAGGAGAGGGAAAAGGAGCAGCAGCAAGAGCAGCACGAGCAGCAAGAGCAGCAGGCGCAGCAGGAGCGCCGGCACAGGGAACAGGACCCCUCCAGUGGUACCAGAGAAGGUACACCCUAGGGCUCAUUCCUGCCUCGUCUUGCUACAAAUGCUCCAGCCUGCACUCAACCAGUGAGACUGGCUCGUCUAGCCUCGAGACCCAUGGUGGUGGCGGUGGUGGUGGUGGCAUGGAGGUGGGACGAAGCUCCCCUGAAUCUACAAGUGCUGACGGAGCGAGGAGUGAUGGCGAAAGACAGGGCGAGGCGAGGGAAGGGAGAGGGUACAGACAGGGGAACGGAUACUGCCAUAGGGAGGUGCGGUGGUGUGGCGAGCAAGGGGAGCAGGAGGGCCGUGUGGGGGAUGAGGUGGUCAAUGAAGUGCACCGGUGUGGCGAGGAGUGUUGCUCUCAUGUACAGAGGCUGGAUUCUGCUGUGGGUUCUACCAUGGGCCCCCAUUCCCUGUCACUGGCGCUGCACUCCUGCUGCUCCUCGCCUCCCCCGUUCUCUCCAUUGGUGCACCUCUGUCAGCCUAGUAUGCGCCGUCGGCCUGGUCGAAUUCAGCGGUCUAGAUCGUCUCAGGGGCAUAGAUAUGAAGGAUACACAUUGGGAAAGGGAGGGGGUGCUUGGGCGGUGGGUGGGGAGGAGAGGGAUGAGGAGGAGGAGCAGCAGACAGAGGAAGGGUGGGAUGAGGAAGAGGAGGAGGAAUGGUGGUUGCAUCAACCGCGGCCGCAGACCCCCCUGAUGCUGCUGGAGUGGCAGGAUAUGGUGGUGGGGGAAAUGGGAGACGAGGAGAAGGAGGACGUGGGGUUCUGGACAAGUGGAUGGGCAGGGGGUGGGGGUGCUGGUGGUGGCGGUGCAGGAGGGCGGAGGGGGGAGAGUGGGAGUGAAUGGGGCGACGGGACUGAGAACUGGAGGGAAGGCAGCAUGGACUGUGAAGUGGUGGAGGAUGAAUGAGAGCUGCUAAGGGAGUGAUGUGCGGUCAAGAAGCGCUGCUUUAAAGAAAACGGCCUGAGAAAAAGGAAGGGAUGGGUGACUGGUCCAACCAAGUGAUUGAUCCAAGUUGUUAUGCACCUCUGGUCUGGACAAAAUCAGGAUGUGCCCAUCCAGCACCAAGAUAUUUAGCGCGCCCUUUGAUAUAGGACACGAAUAGGAGGCUAGGUAAAGGCCACACGCGUGAUCUACCCUUGGUUCUGUGGCACUGGUCUGGCGUAAUACUGACAAAAAACAAGGUUGAGUGCGGUUCUGAGCUUCUUGUGAUAUGAUAUGAAAACUUGGCUGCAGCAUGCGCUCUUUAUGCAUCAAUUAAGUUUUA